AUGACUACUAGUAGACCAAAAGUUCGAGUUGCAAGCAUUAUAAACGGAAAAUAUUUGGCAUUUAGAAAGCUUGGCGAAGGUGGAUGUGGUGUGAUUUAUGAGGUGGCUUUGGUGAAAUGCCCACAAAAGAGAUUCGCGUUCAAAGCCGAGACGACGGUACCCGAUGAAGAUCCAACACUUCCCAUGGAGCACACUGUGAUCUCAUUGCUCAAUGAGAGAAACUCUCUGCAUGCGGUGAAGCUCGUCGAAAAAGGAAAAGGCGAGAAUUACUCCUACAUCGUCAUGUCUUUACUUGGGCCGUCACUCGACGCAAUUCGAUCGGCGAUCCCGACGCAUAAAUUCACCACGUUCUCAAGUCUUGUCAUGGUGAUUCAAGCGCUCGAUUCGCUCAAGGAGAUCCACGAGAUCGGAUUUGUGCAUCGAGACGUGAAGCCGGCGAAUUUUGCGAUCGGCGCUCUGGGAACACCCAAGCAACGAUUGGUGCACAUUUUGGAUUUCGGAAUUGCUCGACAAUACCAGAAGAAGGAUGAGAACGGCGAUUGGAAACUACGAAUGCCGAGGAGAAUUGUGCCGUUUCGAGGAACUCUUCGCUAUUGCUCAAUUGCAACGCAAGAUCGAAAAGAGCAAGGAAGGCAUGACGAUUUAUGGUCCCUUUUCUAUAUGAUCGUCGAAUUUAUUAAAGGAAAUUUGCCGUGGACAGGAAUCAGCGAUGAAGAAGCGGUGAAGGCGAAGAAGUCGGACACGAAAGAAUUGUAUGAUGGUCUCAACGAGAAGUUCGUAUUAUUCGCCAAACAUCUCCAAGUGCUCCACUAUAAAAAUAAGCCGGAUUAUGAGCUGCUGAGAGAAUUGCUCGUUGGUGUGUUUUUGGCGCACAAAUUCACCACGGACAUGAAGGUGGAUUGGGAAAAGGGCGGAGCUUACGACGCGUAUUUCUACAAAAAAACUGAAUUGCUGCCUUGUGUUACUGAAAAAGACACAACUGAAAUAAGUCUUGCCGAAUUACUAGCGAUUCCUGAAAAAGUUCGACGUAUCACAUUGGCUGAUGCGACGAAGCAGGAGAAAAAUUAUGACGACGACAAUGCGUUGAACACCGCCCAGGAUGAUACUAUUAUAGAAUCGGAAGAAUCGGUUCGCAUCAGGAAUCAACGCAAGAAGCGAGAAGAAGAGAGUCGGAAGCAGCAGGCGACGAUGAGUCGAAAGUACAAAUACAAGAAGAAGCCUGACAAUCGUACAGUUACCACACAACAAGCGAAAGAAGCCGAACUGAUUUGGAGGCGAAAGCAGGCUGCCGAGUACGCUGCUCGCCUCGCCAAACGCGCUGAAGCCCAACAGCGUGGAAAUCGGGAUGUCGUGGUUCCCGAUGAAGGCUCAAUGCGAUAUCGUGCCAAGACCCCGACUGUGAAACGAGCAGCGACACCAUCGAAAUCCUCGAAAAAAUAA